UAAAUCGCAGUUAAAUCGUUUUUCUACAAAUUUCUGCAAAUUUUCCAAAUAAUAUGGAACAAAUUGGAAGUGUAGCAGCCACGGACGUAAUUGCCAGUAAAAGUGUUGCAGAAAAACAUGCUGAACGAAUGGAACGGCUGCGUAAACUUCACACACAGCGAAAUGAGGCACGUAAUUCUAAUCAUCAGGAAGUCGUAGCAGAGGACGAGCGCAAGAAGCUGCCAACCAAUUGGGAGGCUCGUAAACGGCAAGCAGAUUGGCUUAUAGAGGACAGUAAAGCAAAAGAACAAGCGCAAGCAAAAGGUCUCGAUUAUAAUCGCGUCAAAAUGAUGAAAGUUUCCGCUGCAGAAGCUGAUCGAUUUGACAAGCUAAAGGCGAAGAAAAAGAAUGCUGAUCCAGGAUUCUCUGAUUACGAAGCCCAAACGGCUCGACAGUACAACCGAUUAAUAAAAGCUAUGGAACCGAGGGAUUUAGUAAAAUACGAAGAACAGAAGCAAAAGUAUGGUGAUGCCUUUUACGGGGGACCAAACGUGGUUCUUCAAGGCCUUCAUAAGGAUUCGCCAACCGCGGUCGACAAGAUGGUCAAGGAUCUGGAACAGCAAAUCGACAAAAGAAAGAAGUUCUCUCGCAGGAGGACCCAUAACGACGAUGCCGAUAUCGACUACAUCAAUGAAAAGAAUGCCCGAUUCAACAAGAAACUGGAACGAUUCUAUGGGGAACACACGGCGGAAAUUAAGCAGAAUUUGGAAAGAGGAACCGCUAUUUAAAGGUUUGCUUUGUGGAUUGCUACAUUAAGAUAUACCUACUAUACCAGAGAAAAUAUAAAUAAUAAAUUAAA